CAGUUCUGAGUACAGAGCGACAAGCAUUGCAUUGUAGUUCCGGGGGGCGUGGUUGGGGUCUGACAGCCAGUGUGGGCGGUGCCGUUGGCCGCUUCUCAUGCAGCAGUCAAACAUAACAUGAAUGGACUACUAAGGAAAACGCUGCACCUUGUAACACAAGGUUUCCGGAUAAGUUGCAUGACCAAGCAACUGCAUACGGCAGAUGUUAAGAAUAAACUUUUCACAGGACCUGCAAGUAAAAGGACCAGUGUUAUUUUUCUCGUAAAUACAUUAAGUACUACCAGCGCAAAACAUUUAAACAGUAACAUCUUGGAAGGUUUCAUAUUAAAGAAGAAUGAUCUAUUGUACUCCAAUAAGUGGAGAUCCUUUUAUGUCGUACCAGUGUCUUUCAGUGGAUUCAGUUUAACGACGACAUCAAAGCCAUCCAUUCCAGCACACGUCAGCAAAAGACUUCUGAAGUCAUCCAGGACUAAACAGCCAUCCAGAUCUAAUAAGCCUCCUGUGUCCGAGACUGAGGACCUGAUGCAGUGCAUUGCCUUUGCCACAGCUGAUGAAUUUCACCUGGGCACUCUGUGCCAUGACCUGGCGUCACAUGGGUACAGUGAAUUGCCAAGUUUACCUCGAGAUGCGUCCAAUGUAUUAUUAGUGGAAGUGGAAAAGGUCGCCAAGGAAAGUGAUUCAGGGACGAUAUUCUUCUUCAGGGAAGGUGCAGUAGUAUUUUGGAAUGUAGAAGAAUCAACAGUAAGUACACAGAUAAAACAUGUCAUGCGAAUUCUGGAACGCCAUGAAAUCCAACCCUACGAGGUGGCACUGGUUCACUGGGAGAACGAGGAGAUUAACUAUAGCUUUCGAGACGGCCACUCCAGGCUUCUGAAAGGUGAAAUUGUGCUGAAUUCACAGCUGGAAGCGGAUGAGCACAUUUUAGAGAAAUUUGCCUUCUCCAAUGCCCUUUGCCUCUCUGUGAAGCUGGCAAUGUGGGAGUCUACUCUUGAUACCUUUGUUGAGUCUAUCCAAUCAAUUCCAGAGAUGCUGAAAACCAGGAGAAAGCUGAAACUUUCCCAUGAUGAUGUCAUGCAGAAGAUUGGAGAGCUGUUUGCUCUCAGGCAUCGUAUCAACCUAAGCUCGGACCUUCUCCUCACUCCUGAUUUCUACUGGGAUAGAGAAAGUUUAGAACACCUCUAUGAUAAAACCUGCCAGUUUCUCAGCAUAAACCGCAGGGUCAAGGUGAUUAAUGAAAAACUACAACACUGUACAGAACUGACAGAUUUAAUGCGGAAUCAUUUGAAUGAGAAACAUGCUCUUCGGCUGGAAUGGAUGAUUGUCAUACUUAUUACAAUUGAGGUAAUGUUUGAGCUCGGGAGAGUUAUUUUCUGAUUUGCGAAGAUCAAGGUAUGGACGAAACCGCACAAAGGGUCUUCACACACCUGGAAAUUCGACUACUGACUUAAAGUGGACCUGUCACCAUCACCGCAUGGAGGAAACCUUUUUGUGGGUUGAAAAUGUACAAACUACUGUAUAUCAACUUACUAGGGACCAGUGACCACCAAGAUGCUGCCUGACAUAUUCAUGAAGCCUGACCUAUAUUCAUGAGGGACAAGAUCCUAGUGUACUGAUAGGCUUCUCAUGAAUAUUAGUUUAACACACAAAAUAGAUGUCUCCACUGUUUUUACUUGACAAAUACACUUUAAACUCUUGGCUCAGAAAUAUUUGACAUUGAAAUUUGGAUUUUGUCUUCUCUAUCUAUCUAUCUAUCUAUCUAUCUAUCUAUCUAUCUAUAUAUAUAUAUCUAUAUAUAUAUAUAGUCUGUUUUUAUAUUGGAGGCACAGUACUCUAUAAUAAUAAUUAUGUUGGAUUGCAUUUUUGUGGCAAAACUGAAAAGGCUGCCUUUAAUUUUAUAUUAAUUUAUGAAGAUAACAUGGACUGUGACAUUGUGGUGAGUUGAGGUUCUGCAACUGUUCUGAGCUAAAAAAAAAAAAAAAAAAAGAACAGUAGUCUCAUUUUCAUUGGCAAAUUGUCUGGUCAUAUACAAUAGAUCAGUAUUGGUAUAGUACUUUUUGUACUCUCAAAUAAAGAUCAUUCUGUUUACAAUA